AUGGCCUCGGACACACCCUCUGAGCAGAAGCGAUUCUACAGUACCUCCUCUCCAUGGGAGGCCAAGUUCGGUUAUUAUCGUGCUGUGCGACAUGGCCGUCACAUCUUCGUCUCUGGCUCGACUGCGGCAGAUCCAGACUCCCCGCCUGAAGCACCCAGGGUACGCUUCCCUGGAGACGCGCGCCAGCAAACACGAAUCACCCUGGAAGAGAUCAUUCAGGCUAUCCAGGCUGUAGGUGGUCGAGGUGCAGAAAGUGUAGUGCGAUGCCGAAUGUUUGUUAGCAGGAAAGAAGAUUGCGGUAUCGUUGGAGAAGCAUUCCGGGAGGUCCUGGGCAAGCACAAUGGUGGUCAAGUCGGAGCUGCUGCAACUAUGAUUGUGGUAGCUAACAGCUUUGUCGAUGAUGAUAUGCUCGUUGAGAUUGAGGUGGAUGCAAUUGCUGAGGAGGAUUAG